CUAUUACCGUAUACAUUGGGAAAGUAAUUGUCUGUAUAUCCUGAUUACCACAUUCGACUAUCAAAAUUUAGGUACGGAGAUCAAUAGAAUAGGAGGGGGAAAGAGUCCUGGAGAAAAGUUGAUAUAGUGGAAAUUCGGCUUGAUUUGGUAAAAGACACAGAGACAUUGAUUUGGUAAGAGAGAGAGAGACAGACAGAAAAACAUACAAGUAGAUAAAAAGAGGGGGUUGGCAGAAAGAUGAAACGUAAUAUUCAUGUAGCAUGAUGACUUUAUGCCAUGCAUCAUUGAUUACAAAAUUAUAAUGUUCAGCUGUAGUUAAACCAUUUUAUUACCAUGGCAUUUAAAUUCCUUAAAAAUCAUGUCCAUUUCGUCUUCAACCUCGUUCAGAUACCUUUGUGUAUACAACCUUAUACUUGAUAUUAUACUCAAUGGAAACUACCCUGGUCAUUCUGCCUCUCAGUCACCCUGGGACAAACCACAGAAGUAAAGAAAGAUCACCAUGGACAAACCAGACUUUCCCCUUUUGAAUAAGGUGGGAAAAACAAUACAAAAAAUCAAAAUACAUUUUCCGUGUUUGCUUCCAGAUAGCUGUAAAAAUAUGAUCCCAUUUCGCCAUGCUUCGGUGAAGAAUCACAGAAAAAACGUGGCCAUGUGUAUACUCUUUUGUUGACGUCAAUCAGGAUGCCUCGCAUGAUGAAAACUAUUUCCGAAAUAUUUAUUGGGUCCGUGUAAGGGAUGGUAGAAUGCAUGUUUAUACACUCAUUUCAACGUGCUCGAUGGAAUUUGAUCCAACAUGUACAGGACGUGAAACAAGCAUGGAAGAAUAGGCUCUCAUGGUGAAAUAUAGGCCCAUUUACCACACCUUCGUAACAUCAGAUUAUUAUACAGCCACAGCUUAACAACAUGGAUCCUAAUUGUGGGCUUAGUGCGCUGUAUCUCCUGGUUCUCUUUGUCUGUGUCUGCUUAGUAAGAUCACAGCCUGUCUGCAAUGGUUGCCUUUGUGAUCAACAAGAUAUUGAUAGAAGCACUGUAAAACCAAGUUUCGCUGUCAGAAGGAUAACAGAAGCGGAUUCAAUUUUAUGGGAACUGGACAUGGACAUAACAUGGCAAGCACCAUCAGAAACUGAUCACAACUACGCUGUUGAAUUAACGAGAUAUAAUGGAGGUAGCUACAGGUGCUUGGGAAAUAAAUCAAACCAGCAUUUUGGACCGUCAUUUACUUUAGUCUGCCGAAUUAAAUCGUCACAGCAACAUGUGAUAGGCGAGCUGUACUCCGAGACUGACAUAUCAUUUGGAUAUACGUAUAUAUUCGAUGUUUGCCUGUAUAACAUGACAGAAGAUGCACUCGCUCGUUCGUCAAUUUGUGUUACCAACAUUGUGUCACCGGAUUGCUAUGAGGCCACCAAGGACGAAGAUUUCUGUAGAAAUCAACGUACAGCCGUUAGUGGAAAACCUGUAAAUGCAUCCUUGUCACGUAUUACCCCUGGGAUUAUUAAAGAUGGAAACAGAACUGUCGACGUAGACGUAGUUUGGGAAAAUCCUCUUCAAGUUAAUGGUGUCAUCAAUAGAUACACCAUUGAAACUUACAACUUUUUCAUGAUGCCUGCAGUUAGAGAGGACCAACAGACCAUCUUUUUUGAACAAGGAGAGGGGAACACAAGCAGGUCCCAUGGAGUUCAAAUCUCCGGAUUGUCCCUCAGUACAGAAUACCGAACAAAGAUCACUCCAUGGAUUGUCCUUCCAUCAAACGAUGUUACAGGCGGUCUGAUAGCUGAAGUCAUUUUCACGACACCUACUUUAUCGGACUUGCCUACAGAAUCACCAUUAAUGCCGACGACGGAUGAAAACGCGAAUCUGACAACGAUGGACCAACCUGAUGGAACAAAUGCUGUAACACAACCAUCAGGUGCUCCUCUUGACGUCUUGACCAUCAGUAUUGUCUCAACCGCAGUUGCCAUAGUUUUCAUCGUUGUUCUCGUAUUUGGCGCUGUUCGCAUGCGUGCAGCAUAUUGUCGGAAAGUCAUUAUUUUGGAUUCAUCGGAAAUGCUGAAGGUCCCGGAUGCACCGGCACGAAUAAUCGUUGAUAUCGACCCUAUAUUCAAGAACAAGGAGGUAAGCCAUAAAGAUGUGGAGAUAGGAGAACAACUUGGUUCUGGCCAGUUUGGAGUAGUUUAUCGCGGUACACUUCUCAGGCGAACAGAACCGCGAAGACAUGUCACCGUCGCUGUGAAAACCGUGAAAGACGAUGUUUCAGAACUGAUGAAAAGUGAUUUCCUAAACGAGAUUCGCCUGAUGAUUGAGAUUGGUCAACAUCAGAAUGUCAUAGAAAUUAUUGCGUGUUGCACGGUCAAGUACCCUUACUAUAUGAUCACCGAGUUACUAGAAUACGGAGAUUUACUUCAUUUCUUGAGAAAAUGCAACAAGCAGCCUAAACACAUCGAAAUGGAGAAUGUAUACGAUAUCUCAAAUCUGCAACGAUACCAGAUUGCAAGGCAGAUAGCAAAUGGAAUGGUAUACAUUUCCUCUCGGCGAUUCUACCACGGCGACCUAGCUGCGAGAAACAUAUUGGUUGGUUCAAACCUUGUGGUGAAGAUAUCAGACUUCGGUCUUAGCAGCGACGUCUACGAAGUUGGUUACCAACGGUUGUCGCCAGACAGAAAGCGUCCCGUCAAGUGGGCCAGCCUGGAAACAAAUCUUGAGGGAAAAUGUACCAUUCAGAGUGACAUAUGGUCGUAUGGAGUCGUGUUGUAUGAGAUCUUCACAAACGGUGACGUGCCCUACAAAGACAUAGAUAGACGUGAGGUUAUUCGGCGAGUACGGGACGGCUACCGGAUGGGGAAACCAGAAAACUGUCCAGAUAACGUGUACGAGAAGAUGUUACUCUGCUGGCAUGAGAUGCCUGUCGGUCGCCCAUCUUUCGAGGAUCUCCUCAACUUCUUUGAUGAUAAUAUUUCCGUAGCAAACCCGGCGGAUUAUCUUCAAAUUAAUAAUGAAGAGGAUACCAAACUAGGGCAAACAUCACAUUCAUUUGAUACAAGACCAGAUGGGGACGUCAUGGACGUGGGGGCCUCUGGCGAGUCGGUGAACAUGGAGGGUUGGAAAUUCGAACGACAACCGAGUUCGCGGACACUGACAUAUUCAAAUGACGUCGCUUUAAAUUAUUCGCGGUUCGAUUCACAAGGACAACAAUAUGAACGAUAUCAAGACACUGACAUCACGGAAUGAAUCGAAUAGCAAAAGUCAGGAGAAUUUAAGAAAGUUAUUAUACGUGUGCAUUAUAGGAAACCUGAAUAUAUUAUUUAAAAAAAACACACACACACACACACACCAAGUCUGCUCAAAGUGCUAAUGGAGGUUCCAAUUUGUUUGUCACUGUGGCUCAGUCCGGAGUUACAAACUACUAUAGUCACCCGUUUGAGUCAUGAUUCCAAUUCAUAUGAACACAGGAGGGGGGGAGGGGGCUACACUCAUUAAAAUGAAAAAUAAAGUACAUGUAUAUAUUACGCAUCUAGAUCGCUUUAUUUAAUGCGGCCACUAUCAAAGUUAAGCGCCCUCUAUUAACAUGGGGGGGGGGCGUGAAACAGAUGAUAUCGGCAUAACUCUUCUGUGCUAUUUCUUUUUCUUCCUUAUAUAAGAGUAAUGCGGAUUGGGAAGAAUCAAAUGAUGACUGAAAUGCUACCCCGAAAGAUUCGAUUAGAUUUAGCAAUAGCCUACAUGUAAAUUCACAAUUACUUCGUUCUUCCAAGUUACAUGGAGUCCAUAUAUAACUCUCUAAAUUUCUGAUGAUUAUGAUCUUCUUGUUGGUUUCAUAUAGAUCAUAAAAUAAUGUUCUUUCUUUCUUAUUCAUGGCGAAGAAUCAUACCCAUAAUUCGCUCAUUGUUAGUAUGUUGUUACUCGUGUAUCCGCAACGGGUGAGGAAUAUUAAUACCUCAUAUCAUAAACAUGUAUCAUUAUGAUUAUAACCAUUAACCAUUGUGAUAAUAACAACGAACAAUUCUUAUGAA